AUGAGCUCGUAUCGUGGUGUUUUACAUCACUAUUGUGGCCCUCAAGUCGCAUUUGAAUUCGAACCAAGUGGUUUCAAGAAAGUUAUCAUUGUCAUUGGUGGUCUUACCGAUGGUCUGCUAACAAUUGCAUUCGUACCCGCAUUGGCAGAGGCAUUGAAGGAAUUAAGUUACUCCGUAAUUCAAAUUCAAUUGACUAGUAGUUACAAAGGAUGGGGUACAGCUUCUUUGGAUACCGAUGUGAAAGAGAUUAAGAAACUGAUCAACUUUUUGAAAAGUCCCAAGGGAGGCAAUAGAGAAAAGAUUAUUAUCAUGGGCAGAUCGACGGGUUCGCAGGACGUUAUUCAUUAUCUUUUACGUCAUCCAGAUACCGUGGAUGCUGGUAUCUUGGACGCUGCUGUCUCUGACAGAGAGGGAUUGCAGGAGGAUGUUGAUCCUCAGAUUAUAAACCGGUUAAAUGGUCACGCCCUGAAACUGAUCCAGGAUGGCCAUCCUAAUCAGCUACUCGGCAACGAGUAUGGCAAGUACGUGUUUAAUACCCCGAUAACUGCGUAUAGGUGGUGUUCAUUGAUGGUUCCUGGUGGUGACGAUGACUAUUUCUCGAGCGAUCUCUCGGAUGAUCAUGUUAAAAGAACAUUUGGUAGUAUAUCGAAGCCAUUCCUGGUUAUAGAGAAUGAAAAGGAUGAAUUUGUGCCAGAGAGGAUCGAUAAACAAGCGCUCUUGCAAAGGUGGGAAAGUUUCUCUCAUCCAAAAUACUGGUCCAAGAAUUCUGGUGUGCUAAAAGAAGCCUCACAUCUGGUCACUGAGCCAGCGGCUCAGCUACGCUUGAGAGAAUUGGUCAAAAUGUUUAUCAGAGAGUUUUCUUUGUAA